GGUGGGGAGUUCUGUGCGGCAGCUACAGCAACCGCAAUAACAGCGCCGGUUCAGGCGGGAAACGGGCCUGUGCUUCCCUCUGUCUCUUAGGCCAGGCGACGAACAGUUCCUGUUUCUAGGCCGGGGGUGAACAGCGGAGGGUGAGCCGCGGCGAGCAGCUGCCCGCCGAGCACAGGUUCCUGGCGGCCCAUGGCCGACGGCGAGGCCGCCACAGCGGGGCCCGGCUCUGUAUCCAGCCCGGGGAAUGAGAAGAUGGGGGAAGCGGGCGAUGCCGGGUUUGACUGGGUGGAGAAGCUGCGCGGGAAGUGUGAGCCCGAGCAGCACUGGCAUUAUCGCCGUGAGUUCUUGAUUCGCAACGGGGAGGCGCUGUCCUUGUCUCUGGGCGGGAAGGACGACGACGACAGCGCGGAAUUGCGGCGCCUCGUCUCUUUCUCUAUGGUGUGGGCCAACCACGUCUUCCUGGGAUGCCGGUAUUCUCCACAAGUGAUGGAAAAGGUGAAGGACAUGGCUGCAGGCAUCACAGUGACCAAUGCUCCAACCCACACUCUCAGAGAUGAACUGGUUGCCAAGGUGAAACGAGGCAUAUCCAGUAGCAAUGAAGGGCCAGGAGAGCCUUGCAAGAAACGAGCGGUUAGCACAGACAAAGCUCCAAAAGUUAGUGGCAGUGAUGCGAAGUCUACAAAGGCAGACGUGCUCAUGGAAACACAUACUGAAUCUGUAAAGAACCCAGGAAAAGAGGCAUCCAAAAAUCCAGUGAAGGCAGCGUCUUCGGCCGGGGCCCAGAAGGCAGCGUCUUCGGCCGGGGCCCAGAAGGCAGCGUCUUCGGCCGGGGCCCAGAAGGCAGCGUCUGCAGCAUCUUCCAUUGGACUAAGAAUAGAACCCAGAGUUGCUAAUUAUGAUUCUACAACAAGUAGGCAUAAAUCAGCUUUGACGUCUUUGCCAGGCCCUGAAUCAAAGAUGAAUUACUGUUUAACUAAAUCUUCCGAAUCCGAAAAGGUGUUACCUUCUGAAAAGAAAGUCAGCUUGGAAGGUUCUGCGAUGUUAGCUUCAAAAAGCAGUUCCCACACAAGUGUGGUUCCUGUCAAAGUGCCAUGCAAACUAUUAACCAGUGAAGAUGCAAAAGAGAGGCAACCUUUUUUCAAUAGACUAUACAAAGCUGUUGCUUGGAAAUUGGUUGCUGUUGGAGGGUUUAGUCCCAAUGUCAAUCACGUAGAACUCUUAAACUCAUCUGUUCAGUCUGUGAAAGCAACAUUAGAUGUUGAAUUUGUACCACUGAAAGAGCUUGCGGAUUUACCUCAGAAUAAAAGCUCUCAGGAAAGUGUAGUUUGUGAACUGAGAUGCAGAUCUGUAUAUUUGGGUACUGGUUGUGGAAAAAGUAAAGAAAAUGCCAAAGCAGUUGCUUCAAGGGAGGCACUGAAACUAUUUCUCAAGAAGAAGGUUAUUGUGAAAUUAUGUAAAAGGAAGUACAAAGGAAGAGAAAUUGAAGAUUUGGUGCUUCUUGAUGAAGAGUCAAAACCGUUAAAUUUACCUCCUGCAUUAAGAAAUCCUCAAGAAAUUUUGCAAAUCAAUGAAGCAGUCACUGCUUUUACUAGCAAAUAAUGUUUUAACACAAAUUACUGGAUUACUUUUGUACACUAAAUUAGACUUCCAGAUAUUUUGUAUUUCUCAGUUUUCUGUUUUGCAGAACAAAUACCAUUCUUGUUCUUUUCACUCAGUAGCAAAUGUAAAUAAUUUCUUAGAGAUGUAAAGUGUGCAGAGGUAUGCCUUAACAUAUAUAUAUAGCACAUUAGUGUGCUUUUUUAUUUGCUAUAUACUCUACCUAAGUCUUAUAUUUUUUAACAAAAUUAAGGUACAGUUUGCUGUUCAGUACAGUCUAAUUUUGUAAUUCCUACAAUUUGGUAGCAGUAAUGCUCUCAUGUGAACCCAUAUCCUUUUUUAGCUGCAAAUGAAUAUAUAGACAAGAACCAUUGUACCUUGAUGAGAUAAAGUUGUCUUUAAAAUUCAGUCAAACAUUUAAUCAUUUGCUUUGUGUGUGGCUCAUAAUGUUCAUAUGCCUGUUAAAUAAGAAAAUAGUUGAUUUUGAUUAUUUUAAUGAAGUAGUAAUAUUUUAAAUCUUAAUUCAGAAAUGAUAUGCAGGUCCUAUUUUAUUAUCAUACUUGCACAUUAUCAGUAAAAAAGAACAACCCACCAAAUUACCUAGAUCACUAAAAAUGCUUCCAAGAAGACUUAUCUUCUUUUUUUGUGAGACACCACAUUUUUCACUUUUUCAAAUAAAUAAAUAAAGCUUUCUAUUUAAAGCACAUUUUAUGUCUGCAAUAAUUUAGGGAAAAUUAUUAGAUUUUAUGUAAUACUGUUUUCUUUGAGCACUUUUAACAGUCCAUUUUUGUAUCUUUGAUAGUUACUCUUAGUCUUAAACCCUGUGGUAUUAAUUAGCAACUUCUGCAAUCCAUAUGAAGUGCUAAUUUUAUUCAAAUUUUUACAUUGCACUCUGACUUUGAGAUGUCAGUGCACACACGCGCUAACUAGGUUCUGUUGCACUGACAUGCUGAGCAUGAUCCAGAGCUCUGCAGUGCUGCAUUGCCUGAAUAUAGUUCUACAUGUCGCUGCCUUGAGUGCCUCUGUCUGCAGGCAGAAAGGCAGAAUAUGAAUAAAACAAAUGCACAGGUGGUCCUUUACCUCCAUGGUAAAAAUGUUUUGUAUAGGUACUGUGGAAUCCCUACUGCAUCAGUGGAUCAUUCCACAAUUCACAGGAGGUAACUGAUGUAUGUUGCAGCUGGUAUUAUGGUGAUUAAAGCUGACCAUAUAUAAUUGCCUUUCAACAUGUUUCAAAAAUAGAAGUAAAACCUUGGUUAUACAGCAGCCCGUGGGAAACAGAUUGCUUUUAUUGAUAAAGGUUGCAAUUCAUAGAUGCCUGAUAUCCUUCAUGUGCAUAACAGGACAUGUUUUUUCUUCCUUUCCCCAAUGAUUUUUCAUGCUUGUACAGGGGAAGGCUACUGCAUAAGUUUUUGUGUGUAUGUCAAAACUUGAGUUAUUCUGAAAAUUUAUUUUUGGUAGGGAAAGCAUUAUCUGUGGGUUGGAAUCAGACUUAGUUGUACUUUGAGUAGACCCAUUGAAAUCAGUGGUCCUUAAGUUGGCGAUAACUCCCUUAGGUACCAUUGAUUUCAAUUGUGUACUUCAAGUGUAACAAGUCUAGAUCAAAUGCUAUUUUAAUCCCUCAUUUUUAUGGCUUUGUGUUGAUAGACUGACUUAUUUCCAAAUGUAUAUUGAUAGUUAAUGGAAAAAGUCUUCUAUUGUUAUUUUUCCCAUACUGCACAAUUUUGAUUGUAGUUUUUGCAUGCAAUAAGUAUCCCAAGCAGCAGCUAGCUGCACUGAUUUGAAGAUUAGGGCCAAAGUAGGAGAUCUAAAUAGGAUUCCAUGCUUCAAUCUAGCAACUCAAACACAAGUAGCAAAUUUUAACAAUUGCUAAAAUAAUGCAGUUUGCCUGAUGUGUAGUAAAUACAUGGUUUGAUUCCUAUAGAAAGUAACUUUUUAAAAGUUCACAGUAUGAAAUUUCCUGUCCUAUCCUGCCCUUGCAGCCACUUCACUCAGGAAUGAGAAAGCUUGGGCAAAGAAACUUUUUCUGUGGAAAGCGGGGGGGGGAAAAAAACCUUUCCCCCGCAAAAAUUUUCUGUGGCAUUACAUCUCUGCAUAUGCCCUAACCAAAACCUUGGUUGGAAGGCUUCCUGAGAAAUGUUUAAGGAGACAAAGGAAGAAGGGAAGGAAAACCUUGGUUAACUUGGUUUAGGUCACAAACCUGAUUUUGGUUAAUUCUUCCCUCCUGCAGCAGCCUACCUGUACCCCAUCCCUCAUUGUUAAGUAAGGCUCUUGAUUCUUAGCAGAUAUUUGGCAGAGAAGCAGACAAGAAAUGUCCCUUCUCUGAACUUGAGAGAAUGAUGCAAAGCAGUAUUCAGAUCAUUACAUUCUGUUCAAAUGCAUUUAUUGGUAUCUUGUGUAGAAAUGGUAGAUAAGGAAUGAUGUGGUAGCAUUUUUUAAAGGAAAAUGGCUGUUCAUGUAAAAAAAACUAAUUGAAAUAAAGACAUUUUCAAUUGUUUGGUUCCA